UUUUAUCAAAAUAUUUCAGUUUCUCGAUUGCUGUGACUGUGGAUGAUUCGUACUUUUCAUAAUAUGAAUUUCUUUCAAAGUACAAUUUUACCUUUCUAUUUUUUUUUUUUUUUUUUUCUUUCAGUAUUUCGGAUAGAAAAUUGUAUUUUUAUAGGAGAGAGAGAAAGAGAAAGAAAGAGAACACUUUCAUGAUUAAUCAUUAGCAAUAUAAUUGAAACUGUAUAAAUUACAAAUAAUUAUUAGAACUAUUGGCUUAAAUGGAUACUUAUCAAGAAUUAUUAAAAUUAAUCAACGCUCUCAUUACUAUUUUAUCGUAUUGUGUCACGUCUUAAUUUACAGCCUGUAUUUCUAAAAAAAAGAAAAAUAUAAUUUAUGAUGACCAAAAUUAAACUUGAUUAUAUAUAUCAGCCGUUUCACUUUUUUUUCUUUUGAAAGAAAAUUGAUAUUAAUUUUGUGUUAUAAUAAUCAGUCAGCUUUGAACGUGUGAUCAAUUUUACGUAAGAAUCAAAAGUAAACAAAUCAAAUAACACUUAAUCCAAUAAGUGAAUUGUGCUCUAAUUUUACACGGAUACUCAAACGUAAUACUAGAAUAUUCUAUGGAAUUUUUAUAUCUUUAGUAACGAGGUAUGACUCGUACAUUUUUAAUGAAGGAGCCGCGUGCCAACGUCUCUGACGGAAUUUCACAGGCGGACGGCCGCGUGCGCGGCGAACUUGGCGCGCAUACGCACGUCCGCAGUAUGCAGUAUCGCGGGCCGCGCGCCCGCGGUUUUGCGCGGCCGAGUGCGGUCAGUAUGCGCCUGGUCCGGCACGGUCGUGGAUCGCGGCAUUGUGGUGCGAGGCGCACCGCCCGCGAUGGAGCUGCGCGAGAUGAACCGCGCGUACGGCACUGCGGAGGAGACCGCGGAACUCCUGCCGCAGCGCGACAACGCGCCCGAGUACGAGAGCUACUUCAUCGAGUACGCGAUGCAGAAGGAGAUGAUCAAUCGCAACCGAUGCCCCGCGAGCCGACGAUUGCUCAGCCAGGCCGCACACCUGGACUUCAAUUUUUCCAAUAGCAAUCAUUCCAAGGAUUCACCAUGUGCCGGAAUCACUAUGAUCCACACCUCGAACGAGAACUGGCCGCCCUCGAGGAAGCGCGAGGAGGCGACAGCUCUGGAAAACCUCAGGAAGAGGGUAGAGCAGAGCAAGUUGUACAAAGCGGAGCGAAUUACCGAUCCCGUCGUAGCCACCACGUCCUCGAUAAACUACGAGCUGACUCAAGAACAACUGGACAAUCGGCCGAAACUUCUGAAGAAGAUACUCAGCAACAGACCGAUGAGUAUCACGCACGAUAGCAGCGACUUGGAGACCGACUGGCGCGACAGCGAAUUCAUCACCGAGUGCCUUUGCUGGCACAACGUUUAUCGGCAACGGCACAACGCACCCCCGUUGACCAUGUCACCCCAGUUGUGCGAGUAUGCUCAAUCAUGGGCUAAUCAUCUGGCGCACACAAACACGUUCUAUUAUAGAAACGAUCGGAACGUAGGUCACAAUCUUUAUUGUCGUCCUGGUGGCGCGGUACCAGGCGAUAUCACGGGACAGGAAGUCGCGUCCUACUGGUACUCCGCCGUGAAGCAAUAUGAUUUCCUGAAAGAACCGGAUAUUCUCCAUGCCAACGUAAAUGCGGGUCACUUCACCCAGCUGAUAUGGGCUAGGAGCCGCUACUUCGGAGUCGGCAAGGCGUGCAGCAGAAGCGGCAAAGUGAUUGUGGUGGCGAAUUACGAGCCGGUAGGCAACGUGUCCGGUCACUUUCAAAACAAUGUAUUUCCGCCAUUACCGGAGAACAUGAACGUGAUGUUGUCGCCACCUGCCAUACGAGUGCCGCGGGGACAGUACGAGUUGUUGAAGUCAACGGCUUCACCCCCCUUGCCGCAAUCGUUGCCGCCAUCGUUACCGCUUCCGUUGUCGGACACCGCGUCCACCGCCAGCGACACCAUGUCCGUUAGCUCCGGCCAAUAAUAUCAUGGCCGUGCGAAAUGCCUUUUCUGUAUUUGCGCGCGAUGGGCCGGACGUUAAAAAAGAAAGAGAAAGAGGCCGACCCUUCGCGUGCCGCGAAUCAAAGACUUCGGACACGCGAAACACGAUGACCAAUAUCUCCGUUGGAAAGAGCGAUAUAAAAGUUUUUCAUUAAUGUGUCGACGCGCAUCUCUGAAAUCUUCUGGAAGAUUUCUUAAAAGAUGAUGAGUGCGGAAUGCCGAUGUUGUGCGUGCCAGCUCAUUGCUGUCGUAAAUUCAAUAAGCAAUCGAUUAACUACUAGAAAAUAUUGCAACAUUUUACUUUUGUCUUAUUGUUGCAAUUUUAUCCCAACGCGACCGUAUUCGGUAAGUUUCCACGGAAAUAUCGGUCAUCAGGUUUUACUGCCAAGUUACAGCUACCGCUUGCAAAAGCAGUGAUAAUCAAAAAUACACCGAGCUUCGUUGCGAUAGCUGAUAACAUGUAACACGAUUAAAUUGGAUAGUAUCCAAUCUAUGUAAUUAUUGACAGUGACAUAAUUUUUCGUUUGUUUACGAAUCCUACGUGAAGGUAAAAAAUAAUAUGUUAACUAAAAAGUCAGGAUGUCUGAAGAAAGGAAGACAAAUGAAAAUGGGUAAAGAAAUUGAAAAAAUAUUUUAAGAGGGCAAUUAUACAAUCAAAAUUCUCUUAGGAUUAAAAUAAUAAGACUAAUUACUAUUAUGGUGUAUGUAAUUUCUCGCUUUCUCUUGACAGUUUCAAUUUCUUUCCCUUUUUUAUAAAUACGCGCGUUUGGGGGAGGAGGAGACAAUUAUUUUUGAGAAAAAUCACGUCACUGUCCGUAAUAGAUAAUAGAAGCUCAAAUUUAGAAUAGUUAUUUUGGUUUGGAAAAAAGUUAGAAAAGCUCGAGGGGCAGUUUGUAACUUACUUUCAGAUUUUUCUAAGUUUACUCUGAUAUUCGUUGCAUAUCACGUGAAAGCAAAGUGAAAGCUUGAAUUGCUCAGAAGACCCAGAAGCUUGUAUCUAUUUUAUACGUCGAUUUAGGGUUGGCAUUCGUUUAAAGGACUCCUAAUUAUAGCUAUGUAAGAUAUAUUUGACGAGAAACCUAAGUGACGAAUCACGCUUAAGCAGGGAGAUAUGAUACAUUUUGCACUUUUCCGUCCUGUUAAAAAAAUGGUUUGCGGAAUGGAAGUCGAAUUUCUUACCAUUUUUAGUGUUAACGAAUGUUCCUAUCGAAUAGUGAGGAUUAGUGUUUUCCCUAAAUAUUGGGGAAAAUAAUCGAACUCAAAGUUGAUAAAAAACGAGAGAGACUACAGAGCAUUGCUCAGAAGUAUUUGUGGCGGUGAGGUAUUAAUCCUAGAAUCGGAUGGAAUCUAUUUGAUCCUUAGUAAUGUUAAAUUAAAAAAUUUGAUCGAAAAGGAAGCCUGUAUGCGAUUUAUUUUUUUUUAUAUGGUAAAAUUAAAAAAGAAUGCUGUAUUCAGCAUACAUAUUUUAUAUUUAACGCUAAAUGUCAAGUGUGAAUAUAGAUCUUUUAAGUAACUUAGUGUUGCUUUUAUUUAACAUGAGAUUUUUCGAGUUUCGAAUACGGAAAUUGAAUAGACUUAAUUGUUAUAGGAAAAAUUAAGCAUAAAAUGAAGUCUUUAAUUAUUAAUAUAACGACACGGAACAAGUAUUCGUUUGAAAGCGAUAAUUAUUAUGCACCUUUCGCUUUCAACCGUAGAACAAACACAAAUAUGUACGCUAUGUCUGAAGUCUGCCAAACUUUGAUAAUCAUUAUUAAUUAAUCAUAGAGAGACAAUUAUAUAUAUAUAUAUAGCUGAGCAAUUACAUCGAUGCUUUACGUUUUGCCUUGUGAUAAUUUAUCGUAAAGUACAACACAAGAAUGAAAUCUUCCAUUCCCCAAUUAUUCCUACGAAAAGAGAAGCAAACGGGAGAAUUAAAUCAAUUGAAGAUGAAGAAAAAAUUUUAGAUCGACGUAGUAGUUGCUUCGAAUGUUGUUGCAGCUAUUUUAGCACGCUAAGUAAGAUAAUAUAUAUACAUACAUGACAUUUGAUCUAUGGCAAGAUUGUUAAAUACAUCGAUUAUUAAAGAAAGGUCUCAGGUACGCAAGUUAUUGCGUGGCGGUUCUAGUAAAAGCAAAUUUACAGCGAUUUUUGUAAUUCGACCCUGUUGGCCCUUAAUUUGCUAGAAAGUAUAUUACAGGUUAUAGAUUGUUACGAGAAACAGAAAUUAUUUUUCAUAGAUAGAGAGAAAAAGUUAUUUUCUGCUCGUAGUCGACCGACUAGUACCUCGCUUUUUAAAAGCAUAAGAAAUAAUAUAUAUUAAGCGUAAACUGUAAGGAGACAUUUUAUCUCUUUACACUAAAUUUUCGCGCUUCUGUAGAGUCUUAUGUGGCGCCACGCAAAACGAUAAAAUCGUCGAUUAAUCGAUCGCACAUGAAAUAUCGUUAACGAUUCACUUAAUUACUCAAUUAGUUUAAUCGUGCUUUGUGCAAUUUAAUGUUGAUAUCGCGUGGCACAAAACGGCGUGCGUUCCACAAUGUCGAUAAUAAUGUUUACCCAUAGUGUGCACAGGGUUAAAUAACAAAUGCUCGAUGUGAUAAUUAUGAGGCUUUCAUUAAUCUAAGAAUGUUAAAUCAAAUUAUCGACUACUGAGAGGAUCGACGGGGUCGAAACGUUGUUUGUUGCUUUUGAGUUUCCUUUUUCGUAUGCGACGCAUACGAGCUGUUAAAAAACAAUCUGCGAGAGAGAAUGGAGUAUUUUAAAAUGCAUGUACGCUCACCUGUUGACAAUCGAUACUUAAACGUCGUUUCAUUUAUUGUAUAUUGAACGUGACAAUUUCAAAAUCUUUUAAAUCUAAGCAUUGCAUGUCCGCAGAUUAAUUUUAAGAAUAGAUUCUUUCAUGAAUCUCAAGAAAAUUAUUUUUUCUCUCAGAUUUUGUUGAAAAAAAAAUCAUUUUGUAGAUUUUGAUUUUUAAGAUUAAGUAUUUUAAUAAUUACUUCUCACAUUACCUCUCUGUUAUCGAAAUUUGAUACAGUAAAGAUAAACCACCUUCUAUAAUUAUAUAUUAAUUCAUAAAAUGAUAUAAUUAAUCGCACUUAAAUGUUUACGGAAUUCUAAUGAACUCAGAAUCAGAAUAUAAGUAGUAAGAAAUAUAUAUCAAAAGAAUGCUCUAUAUUAUUUAUUUUAUCAUAAAUAUAUUUUUUAAUACAUAGAUUUUUGCUAUUACGGAUAGUCUAUUGGAUCUGCCAGAAACUCACGUAGUUUAUUAUUAACUUUGGUAAAACGUUGAAUCUCUCUAAUAAAAACUCAAUUAUCGACCUCUACUAAUCGCUUUAUAUAUGUAGAAAUAAAAAGCAUCAAAAAAAGUUAAAAGUGGAACGACGUUAAUGUACUCGUUGUUGUUAAAGCGCAGGGCAUAGCCUUAACGAAAUGAAUUAAAUGCAUUGCAAUCCAACGUAUUUUAUAACGAAUGAAUGUUAAUAAAAUUAUGUCUCUUUACAGAAACAAAA